AUGGCGAUCGGACGAAAGCGUUUAGAUAAAAUGCUAGAUGAAGAGGAUUUAGGAAUGGGAACAAUGGUGAACGGUCUACAGGAAUCCGGAAUCGAACAUGUGUCAAUUGAUUGGUUUAUUAGGGACAAUCGUGGCUCAUCCUCAGCCUUGCUAUCCAUCAAUGCAGCUGGCGAUGGAAGUGCUUCUUGGCUUGAAGGCGGCAAACCGCUAUUCACUGUUCAACUGGACUCACUUUCAUCCAUUUACACCAAUGCACCAGUUCUUGCACGCUUUUUCCGUGCGUGUUCGGAACUUGCGGGACGCGUGCUACACCUUCCCACACCAGGUUCAACCGCGGGAGGCCUAAAGACAAAGACUAAUCGGGUCACAUUUCGUGACGAUCCAAUCGAGGGUCAAUGUCCCGCCUCUGAGCGUCCCCGACCCUCAGUUCCGGCUGGUUCUACAUUCAGUGAUUGUGGUCGUCAUCUCUGCAGUGCUGUCAAGGGCCUAUGGGUGAUCGAUCUUUCCGCGCUGAUUCAUUUUCUGCCACCUCUGUUCAACCAAUUUAUGGAGUUGAUUAUUAUCAGCGCGACCGCUAGUCAUCGUUGGUCUUUGACUGCAAGCGCACACGAUGCUACCGUGGAGAAUGCAUUGGCUCCCAAAUGGAUGGAUUUUGGACGCUCUGCGGAUACGACUAAUUCACCAAACGAGAUUUUACGUACCACAAUCGGAACAAUGGCUGUUCUCAUCUCGGAACUGAACGCCGCGUGCCCGGUCACACGAGCAACCUCAUCCAGUUAUUAUUUCGAUUCGAGGGAUCUGUGCGUUGGCAAAAUGCAGUCAGAUUUACCGCGACAUGAAUUGAUCAGGAACUAUGUGAAGUUCGCUUUUGAUUCGGACACCCUGACUGCACGUUGUGCAACGUUACAUGCGAACCAGGAUGCAACCAAAGCCCACUCCACUGCUCGCCAAACUGUCAUUUUCCCUAUCCCCCUACAUCAUGCUCUCGUUCGGGGUCUUAUUCUGGUGCUCGCGGAUACCCAUUGUGCUCAACACAUCCUCACGCAUCUGUUUGCCAAUUUGUGGUUUCCAUUUGCAUUGAUUGUCAAAUCUAUGUCUCAGUGGUUGCACAGUUCGCAGAAGAUCAAAGAGGCUGUAGGAUUGCCACGAAAGACCAGUGGCAGCCGUGACAGUUCCAUAUCCCGUCCGUCUGCUCAGCGACGAUCAACGCCUACAGUUACCUGUGAAUUUCAUGGACUGGAAGUCAUGGCCAGUACCGCUCGGUUCUUGUCUCAUUUGUUCAACCUAAUGGACCGGGGUUAUAUAAUGCAACGCGUUCGGGAUUUAAUGAUCUUUUUGGAAAUAUUACCCCGAAUGCCAGUGGAAGAGAUAGAUCGGUUGAAUGAACUGCGUUUCGAACUGCUCACCGUUCUUUCUCAUCACGAAUUCUUCAUCCAGUUGAAUUUGCCUUCAUUGGGCUUGUUCCAAGGUGGAACGGAUGAGGAGGAUAAUGAAACCCAUUUUCCCAGUCGAUCUGGUAAGUCGAUUUGUGACCUGGUUUUUCCACAUACGCCACAAGUGCUCCGAACUUUCUUGUGCACCUUUCUGCUCUUGGUUCAUGUUUUGAUGCAUGCCACGAGUCUGGUCCAAAUGUACAACUCGUGUGUCGUUUGUGCAUCACGUGUUUUGUCGUAUAUUGUUCGUUUGUAUUCGCCACAAUUUGGACUUGAUAUUAACAUGCACAUACGCGUAGCCGAUAUACCAUUGUAUACGUAUGUCUAUGUAAAUGCUUACUUACGGGCGUUUUGUCCGCGUGGCUUGUUUGUGACUUACACACCGGUGGCUGGCACACAGACACUCACAAUGUUCCAUCGCUUACAACUUACCUGA